AUGAAUUGUUAAUUCGAAGGUUUAAAUGCAACUCGAGAAAUAUGUGCCCGAUGCCCUCUUGCCAUGGAGGAAGACCUCCUGAAGGAUUUGGUCGCAUAUAAAACUUAUAGAGAAAGGCCAGUCAUGAUGGCUGCUCGUUCUUUAAUCCAACUGUUCCGCGCCAUUCGGCCAGAACUGCUUCAUAAAAAGGACAGAGGAAAGCCCACAGAUGCCGCUUUGGAAAUAUCGGAAAAAAAAUAUGCUCAAGUUGAUGCUAAAGAUUACGUUUGUGGAGCAGAAGUUCUUUUGAAAUCUGGGGAUAAACAAGUUGAAAUUGGUUCUUCAUCUGACAAUGAUGAUGAAGAAUGGGUCGACAUUCCUCAGUCAGAUGAAGAAUAUAUAGAAUUGCAUAGCGAGGAUGAUGAAGUAUCUGAGGAAAAGUUGGAACUUUUCGUAAAUAAAGAAGAACCCAAUGAUAAUAUCAUAGAUAAUAGUAAUGAUAACAAAAACGAAAGAAAGAUUGUGGUAGCUAAACGUCGUUCGAAUGAAAAAGACGUCAGGAAGGAAUUAGCCCAAAAAAUAUCUCUCCAUCGAAUUCUUACAGAUGAAGAUUUUAAAAAGAUAGACGCAGCAAAUAUACGAAAACAUAUUCGAAAGGCAACUAAGGGCGAAAAGAGAAAAUUUGAAGAAGCUUUAAAGGAGCCUGCAGAAUUAGUCAAAAUAGGUGACAUCGAAAACGUUUAUAAAAAAAAGAAACAUGAUAAACAAACGAGAAUCGAAAGUGUUAGGAAGGGGCAAAUGGAUAGAGAAAAAUUUGGGUAUAAGGAUGGAAGAGUAAAUUCUAAGUGUAGCAGAACUAAUAAAGAGAAAAGGAAAACUAAAAACUUCCAAAUGAUUAGAUUGAAAGAGCGACACAAAACAAAGAAGAGCUUUAAAGAAAAACAGGUUGCCUUGAGGAACUACCUCGUUAAGCAGAGAAGAAUGAAAUAAUUUCAGAUUAAUUGUUCUUGUUUGUUUAUUAAAUCCAAUAGCGCGAC